UUCAGAUAUAAACACAACAGCCUUCUGCAUAACAAGUAUAAUAUCUAAAACAGGACUACUCCAUAAGUGUUUUGUAUUAUUUAAGCUUGAGUGCUAAUAAGUAGCUUGACGGUAAAGUUAAGUGUGGAAAUUGCCACACGAUACGAGUUUCUUUUUAUUCUUGAAUGUGUGGAUCAGAUUGUUUUAAUUAGCCGCCUUCGGCUGGUUAUUAGCGAAUGCGAUAUUAGUUGCUUGAGGAUUAAAACGCAGCCGCUAAAGUGAUUCGGUUAACACUGCACUUAAGGAGCACUGGUGUUUAGUGUAGUAAUUUUGCUGCAGUUUCAGCUGUCUGCUGUGUAGCGUGUGCUGAAUUGUGCAGUCAUCAGCCACAGAGGACUCAUUGAUCAACUACCGAGUCUCAAUACACAAUGACACCAGGCCAGCGAUCUCUCCUCCUCUCCUCCGCUCCAUCCCUCCUGCUGCGGUCACUCGUUCUGCUCUCCCUCUGCCCGCGGGGUCAGGCCGUGCAGGCUGAGAACGUGACCGUGCUGGAGGGGGGGACGGCACAGAUCUCUUGCCGUCUUCAGAACUACGACGGCUCGAUCGUGGUCAUCCAGAACCCACGCAGACAAACGCUCUUCUUCAAUGGAACACGAGCACUGAAAGACGACCGUUUUCAGAUGGUUCUUUUCUCACAGCGGCUGGUGCGGAUCACGUUGACUAAUGUAAGUGUGUCUGAUGAGGGCGGCUACUUCUGCCAGCUCUACACCGAUGACACACACCACCAGGUGGCGACGCUGUCGGUGGUGGUGCCCCCGGAGGUGCCUACCGUGGAGGUGAAGACCGAGGCAGUGGAGGGUGGAGAGGUGGAACUCACAUGCUCGUCCCCACGGAGCAAACCACCAGCCACCCUGCGCUGGGUUCGGGACCGCCGAGAGAUCCCUGGUGUGAUCUCUCAGCAGGAGAACGGCAAGACUGUGAGUGUUUCCAACACUAUCCGUAUCCCCGUGGAGAGGAAAGAUAACGGAGCGGCGCUGAGCUGUGAGGCGUCUCACCCGGUACUCGUGGGGCAGAAACGAGUUCGUCACUACAGCCUGGACGUUCACUUUGCUCCUACGGUGAAAAUCAUUCCCCCUCAGGGCAUCCUCCGAGAGGGAGACUCCCUCAGUCUCACCUGCUCCGUUACUGGCAACCCACUACCACGUGACAUCCAGUGGUCACGAGUGAACGACACUCUUCCUGAGAGGGCGGAGAAAACAGCCAACAUCCUCCAGGUGUCUCGCCUCAGCCAAUCACACAACGGCACUUACCUCUGUCAGGCGCAUAAUAAUUAUGGCCGUGCAGCUGACCACUACACACUGCUGGUGUAUGUGUUUGUCCCUCCCAACCCUCAUCCUGCCAUCGCUCACCCCACCCUUCCAUCCUCCAGUUUUGCAAAGGAAUACCAAGACCCUGGAGCAGUGGUGGAAACCCACAGUGCUGUUCCGUAUGCAGUGAUCGGGGGCAUCCUGGCUCUGCUGGUCUUCACUGUCAUCUGUGUGCUCAUCGUCACCAUCUGGUGCUCCGUCCGACAGAAAGGUUCAUAUUUGACUCAUGAGGCCAGUGGGUUGGACGAACACGGCGAGGUUCAGGAGGCGUUCCUCAACGGUAAUGAUGCCAGCCAGGGCAAGAAGGAGUACCUACUGUAGCGCCGCCUUAGUGGAGCUCUUCAGAAACACUGGACCGCUGCAGAGUGCACACAACAACACACACUGUUCCCAAACAGACACACCACCACAACGACAACCAGAGGGAAUCACAAUCGUGCCAUAUGAAGUUGGAGUGGGAAGGAGAGGACGGAGAAAUUAAUGGAGCAGGGUGGAGGGGAAGAGAGCCGAGAGGAUAAUUAUUAUGAUUGAAAGAGACCAUCACACACACUCUCUUUCGUGUACAAAAGACAACUAGCCGUAAUUGUAGGUCCAGGAGAGAAAAGUGUCCAUUCAAAACAAGCCGAUCCAUAACCGGCCAAGACGGCAUUGCUGCGGGAACCCGCAAAGUGCUUAUGAGCUAUUGAAUGUCCCAGUGUGAGCAAACUGAAAUCCCUUGCAUUUGCCAAAGUGUCUGGGCCUCAGAGACUGAGUUGGUAGAGAAUAACUCCACCAAUGACAGCGCUGCAAGCUCAGAGCCGUCCUCAUAAAGUAUUCAUCUGCUCUUUUCAUCCGGCAACUCCAUUAUCUGCUCACGUUGGCCAAAACCUGUUGACUUGUGAAGAAAAGUUCCUCUCGUUUUGAUCCUCUCUCGGUGACUCUGUUUCCCGCUCUCCAAUGCUCCUUCCUCUCCCUCCUUUAUCUCUCCACUAUUGUUUGUUAAUAAUUAAGGGAUUAGACAUGUUCUCUUUUAUGAGCAGAAUGAAUUGGAGCGGCCCGCUCGCUCUGACGCUGUAAAAAGGGGCUUAAUUAUCGCAAAGAGUCAUUGAGAACGUGGAACCGCGAGGAGUUCGACGUGGGUGAGAAAAAACAGAAAGGGAGUUUGUAGAGAACAUGUCAGGAAUUUCGAUAUUUUUUUUGAUUGCUCAACACGAAAACACUUACACAAUGAAACAUAUCUCUAAAGUCAUUAUUUGUAUGGAAAAAGUCUACAAAGUAAAUUAAAUGACUCUUUUAAGAAGAAAAAAAUACUUUUGCGCGCAUUACCAAGCGAUGUUAUCGUACUAACAGAAUAUUAGCUUAGAGGUGCAAAACUGAACAAACUACUGUUACGUCAUCUUUAAAAAAAAAAAUCAAAAUUCACAAAAAUAUAUAUUUCGUUUGUCUUUAAAAGAUAUCGGAGGUCUUAAUUGUUUUUAUUAAUUAUUAUUUGGACUACUAUGAUUGUUGUUAUUGUUAUUAUUAUUAUUACUGUUAUUAUAAUUGUAAAUGUUAUAAAUUGUAUACUUCCCAUGCUUAAGUAGAAACAGCUGUGUACCCACUUUUCUCUCUCCUCUUUCAUUCUCUUCCUUCCUUCUUGAUCCUCUUCCUGUCUUUCUCCCUAUUUGUCUUUCACGUCUCCUCCUCGUCUUUCACUUCCUGUUUAUUUUAUAGUCUUCGCGUCGCUGUUGAUAUAGCUAACUGUACAUCUUUAUAGGGGAAAGAUACCAAGCACGAAAAAAAUAAAAAAUACUUCAAGAA